AUGUACCACACACCACUUUCUUCCGCUAGGGAUGGCAGCUUGCACUCUUCAUUGCUCAUAUUGACUGGGUUUCUUUUUGGAGCAAUCUCCACAGGAUCCUCUUUCAUAAAACAUUCGGUUGGUAAAGAGGUAAGUUAUUGCGAUACGAAAGGCCACUCGAGAUAUCUUGCAAGAUUGAAAAGCCCCACGCUUCGUUUUGUCUUUAAUACUCCACUAGUUUGGGAAUAUAGGAGCAAAAAUGUGGUCAUGUGGAAAGAAAAUUUGAAAGGAAGAAGAAAGGAAGUUAGCGAGCGUGAGCGACGUGUUGAAUUGGCGACGAUGUCUCUAAAUCGACUUGCUCUGUACCAUGAAACACAACAGUGCGGUAAUUUAGGACCAAAAUUGUCAUGUUCUCCGUUCCGUGGGAACAUGCUAUAUGCCUCCUUUAGUAGGAAAACUAUCAUAGCUAUUUCUCAUGCAAUAUAUCGCAUCAAUGAGUUCUCAGGUACCAUGCACUAUACCCAGUAA